AUGGGCAAGGAUGAGGAGGUGCUUGUGCAGAUGCAGCGAGCACAGCAUGCCCAUGAGGAGAAACUGUUCAGGAUGAUGAUGCAGUCAAUCGCAUCUCUUGCCUCAACCAUGGCUUCUGCCCAACACUCUCCUGGGACGCCUGAGGCCCUCGUACAGGAGAGCGUCUCAGCAAAGUAUGAGGGGCCCAGCGUUAAGGAGGAGCUCAGAGUUUUACAGCAGAAGCUGAGAGACUUUGAAGAAGUUAAACAGACAUGUGACAAGUCAGCAGAACACAUUAAGAUCCAGGCCAAGAACACAGAGAGACAGAUUAAAGAGGAGUUUGAGAAUCUUCAUCAGUUUCUACAAGAUGAAGAGUCAGCCAGGAUAGCUGCACUGAGGGAGGAAGAGGAGGAGAAGAGUCAGAUGAUGAAGGAGAAAAUUGAGGAGCUGGACAGAGAAAUGUCAUCUCUCUCCGACACAAUCAGAGAGAUUGAAAAAGAGAUGGAAACUGAAGCUGUGCCGUCAUUGGAGAAACACAAAGCGGCAUUAAAAAAAACCCAGUACCCACUGAGGGAUCCAGAGAUGGUCUCAGGAUCACUGAUCAAUGUGGCAAAACACCUGGGUAACCUGAAGUUCAGAGUCUGGGAGAAGAUGCAGGAGAUUGUUCAAUACAGCCCUGUGAUUCUGGAUCCUAACACUGCCCACGGAGACCUGGUUCUGUCUGAUGAUCUGAGUGGUGUUAGAAACAGCAGUGAGAAACAGCAGCUUCCUGAUAACCCAGAGAGAUGCAGACCACACCUGGGUGCUGAGGGCUUUGACUCGGGCUCUCACUGCUGGGAUGCUGAGAUUGGGGAGGAGAAACCCGACCUGAGUGAAUGUGGGUUUGAGAACUUGAGUUGAGCAUGUGCAGCUGAAAUACACACUGUCAGAGAGACUGAAGAGACAGAUUCAGUGAUAUGAAAAGACACAUCCCCCACACACUGAAAAGAAUGCCUCAGUGAGGCUGAAGAAAUCUCAGGGGUGUUAAGGCAGUUUGUAUGAAAUAGUUCCUGGUGUAUUUAUUUGUGAAAAUACACAA